CUAAAGACUUCAGCCCUCCCUGUUACCGGAGUUCCAAGUUCACACAGCAGCGUCCUCCUUCUCAGGGAAAGGUCCAGAACACACACACUUCCACUGCCCCAAAGAGCCAAAUGCUUCAGGGUGAGGGGUUAUUAAUGAAACAUCUGGACCUUUCACUGCUGACUCCUUUAUCUCCACAGGUCUGCUCAGUAGCAAAAGCUAGCAGCCAUCAAGCUCGUCGUUAACUGUGUGUGUAGUUGUGUUUGCUUAACUACAAAUCUAUCCUCUCUAGCGAGGACGUGCCCACAGCGCCGCCCUCCUGGUGGUCUCCUGGAGUGAAAAGCCUGGUGCUGGGAGACCUACCGCUCCUUUCAGAGCCCAGCCUCUGAUGUGAAGGCAUUUCUCCCACCACACACCUCAGCAGGGCACCGUUCCCAAAAUGCUCAGCUGAAUGUGUGUGAAUGUGUGUGUACAGCAGAGGAGGGGGGCAUUUCUUAGGAUCGGGGUCUAAUACUAAUUAUUCUGCCAUAUGGUGGUCGGCUCCCUCACAAUCGUCCUUAACCCUCCUCUCUGAAGAAACGUGCUGCGCCCAAUGCCAUGGCUUUGCACUCUGACACAUGUCAUUCAUAUGCACGUCAACACACGCACAUACACACCAGUUCAUGUGCACGUGUGUGUGUGUGUGUGUGUAACAGAUGGGAAUGGCAAGGCAUUGUAAGAGGAGGCAGUGCAGAAAUGUGCUUUCCAGCGCGUUCUCUUUAUCCCCCUGUGCUGACUCCUCUUGGCGACAGACCCCCAGGAAACAAGAGCAGAUUGUCUGACACCCUCCACCCCUGCAGCGCCACCGCCACUACUACUACUACUACUACACACACACACACCCUCACAGCAGUCAACAAAAAAAAUAGGAGGAGUGAGAGGAAAUGGGCGGUGUUGCAUGGAUUUGAAGUUUGUGGAAGAGAAUCUUGGAGCUAUGAAAGGAAAUGUGGAAAGAAGAGCCGGAGAGAGGGGAUAAUAGCUGUGGCAGGAAAAGAAAGGAAGUGGGUUCAGGUUUGGACUGAAUGUGGGCAUUAAAACACAUUUUGUGGAUAUUAAGUGUCACAGUGAAACAUAGUAAUUUAUCAGAUGCCACAAAGUCCACAAAAGCGCCUCAUUUAGUUUAUUUUGUAUAUCGAAUGUCUUUAAAUGAUCUUGUUUGUUGGUUAAAAUCUUUAUGAAGCUAAUUUUUCACAUGAUUUUAUUCAGCCAGUCUCCAUGUUAACGGUGCUGUUGCCUAUUUCAAAAUGUGAAAAAUCACAGCCUCUGAUUUUUCUUGUUUUUUGUGUUUUCUGUGAUUUACUUUGUUCGUUUUCAUCCUCAGGUUGACUCUCCAUUAACAGUUUUACUUACACAAGUUCAUUUUACUUCUUAGCCCCUUAUGACAGGAGAGAAUUUAUGUUUGCUUCCAGUCUUGUGUAUUCACUAUGUCUCUGUACUUAAAAAUGAAGAUUUCAAACAUAAGAUCCAUAUUCGGUGCUUAAGGGCUUAGCGGGGGAUCAAAUCUCUACGCCGCUCACAUCAGAGAUCAAAGUUCGGCUCAUAUAUGUCACAGAUUUUCACACAUCAUUUGCAUUUUAAUGGACUGAUUGACGUUUUGUGAUAUUAGUGUUACUCUGUUCAGAGCUGCUGUUCAGUUAAGACAGUAACACUGAAAUUUACUGACUGUCUAGAGCUUUAUUUAUUUUUUUUAUUAUGAUAUUAAUUAAAGAAAGGUUGGGUUUAGUUAAAGGUCAACUGUUAAGACUUCUUUUUAAUCCUCUUUUUGUUGCCAUGUUGGGCGAUGUAGACCAGACUAAUUAUUAAGCUAAAUGAAAAGGCAGACACAUUAUUGUUUCUUUAUGGAGUUUAGUUGACAGAUUAUGGAAGAUGAAGGAUUAAAGAUGGACCUACCUCUGUUUGAAAGAAUCAGAACUUUUCAAAACUUAUAACUAUUUGUCUUGUGAACUUAAAUUCUGUGUCUGAAUUUAGGUACUCACCUUUUCUUUGUAGCUGCUGCUUGAGAGCUGACAGGUUAGUGGAGCUUAGUCAAGGUAUUUCUAAUAUGUGUAAUUGAUUAUAGCAUUUGUGUUGUUGAGAUAUUUGUAUAUGUGUAAAUAUAUGUUUGAUUGUAUUGUAUGAUUAUUGAAGAUAUGGAAACGAAGCCAGUUGUUUUCAGAGGGGUUCGUGUGUGAUAAGAUAAGAUAAGAUAAGAUAAGAUAAGAUAAGAUAACUCUUUAUUAGUCCCACACGUGGGAAAUUUGGUUGGUCAUAGCAGAAAGUGGACAGUACAAAGUUGAAAGCAGCAAAAAUUAAGAAAAACUAUAGAAUAAAAUAGAAUAAAAUAAAAUACUAUGUCAAAAUUGCACAUGUUGCGUCAGAAAAAAAAAUCCAAUAUAUUGGCCCUCCGGAUCAGUCUGUUCCGUCUCUUUCUGUCCCCAGCAGAGAUGCUGCUGCCCCAGCAGACCACAAUUGUCUCAGACUUGGUACCAAUGAGUUCUUACAGAAACAAACAGAGCUCGUGACGUUUCCCGCACGCUUGUUGCCACAAACAGCUUGUAGGACGCCUCCAGUGUAUACUGUUGUAAGUGUUUAGAUAAAAGGUUCCCCUGCCCUCAGGUCUGAUGCUUGUUGUGAAUAUGGAGUUGGGAAACAGGCAGCUGCUCCAGUGGGGUGAUUUCUUGCAGCUUUUGUUAGCAGGCCGAUCCACUCAGCAGGGAAACAAGUGUCUGCUCCAGAACUGAGGAAAGUGGGAACAAAACUGUCACGAGCAGACUCUGGAAGUUUUAAAAAUGAACCACAAUGUGUUGACCUUUGAAGAAUAGACGAGUGGAUUUAUUCCAUUGAUUCAGCCCCAUAUUUAAAAUCAGCUCUGUGGCUGAUAUGAAUCUUUAUUGAUAUUUGUUUGUGUUUUUAUAGAAGGACAAUUCCAUCAUAGUCCCAUCAGAAGAGCGAGCUUCGUGCAGAACAUUGGUCUGAUUGCAGGAAGUCGCUCUGCUAUCAUCAUUCCCUGUGCCCAGCUCCCCGCUGCUCCACCCAGCCUUAAUCCAACACCACCCUACAACAACACGCCUCACCCUGACUCCGAAAGACAGGAGAACAACUCAAACCCCACUCCACCAUCUCCUCAUCAUCUUCCUCCUGUAAAGGAGGAACAACUUGGGAGGGAAAAGGUGCCCCUACCCGCCAUGCUGGAGCCCGACCUCAGACCUGCUGGAUCAACCCUCUCAGCACCACCCAGCUCCCUCUCCCGGGGGUCUUUUUCAGAUUUAAGCCGUCCACCUUCCAGUUUAUUCAGUCGGAGCACCGACUUCAGCAGUGGCAGGAGCAGCGUCCUCUGUGACAAAACAUCUGCAGCAGAUUUGAUGGUCUCAGCAGAUCCAGAAGGCUAUGUUUCUUUAUCCCCAUCCCAUCCUUCCCCUCUGUUACCCUUAGCUUCUUCCCCUCCAGAGGAAUCAGACCUUCAUCAAUCCUUCAAGGAAAGCACCACCGCCGACACCACCACCACCCCUGUGCUCUACGAGCCACUCUUCGGCCAAACCAAACCUUUCUCACCUCGCCCAAUACCAGCCAUCCACUGUAAUUCAGAGAAACCUCAGAGCAGCAACAGAAGCACAAAAACACCACAAAAUAUCCACUUAGAAGCAUUUGUAGCUCCUGCUGAUCUCAACGUAUCCUUGGACUCCGAUCAAGGUGCCACUCUGGCUUUUCCCUCCACCACUUGGUCCUCCUGCCCAAGUCCACAGAGGACCACUCCCCACUCAGGGUCACUGGCAAAGCUGACCCCUUCUCCUCCAAUGUCUCGGCUGGAGUCUCAUCACUGGCCGGUCCUGCCUCCAAUCUCCCCUGUCAGAGGGCGCUCAGCAGCAUCUCGCUGCUCUGAGAUCAGCUGCAGUCAGUCUCGUGUGUUUGAUGAACUGGAGGCCAUUGCCCCACUGUCAACUUCCUGUUUGUCUUUGGACCAGCCAUCUGACUCAUCAGGCUGCCCUUCACCUGAUACAGCAGAGCUGUCCCCCGGCCUCGCAGCACUCACAAUGGGCUGCGACUCUGGAAAUCUGGGCUCCCUGUCCCGGGUUCAGCUGCUCCUCCUGGACCGACCGGCGCCUGAGACUCUUUUGAGUCCCUUUGAGCUGGAGGAGGAGAUGUCCCCGAGGUCCGAUCUGACGAUGCAGUAUGAUUCAGCAGGUGUUUCGAGGCCGCUCACAGCUGGCAGCGUCUCUGAAAGGUUCAACUCUGCAGGGAAAGUCCAAGAAAACAAAUCGGAUCAGUCUGAAGGAGGUUCAGGGUCGCCAUCGUCAUGGAUCAUAGACCCAAGUCCGUCAUUCGACAUGUUCAGAUCCUCCCAUUCUCCCUCCCAGUCCAGCCACAGUUCCCACACAGGCGAAGGGGGCCCUGAUGAGGAGGAAUCCAAUUAUCCAGGAUGGAGGGACCAAGCACAGUCCCCAGCUGGAGGGAGAAGGCCUGGGAGUCUCGAAGAUAAGGAAAGCAAGAUGGAGGAGAGGAAAACAAAGGUGCUGAACGUGCUUUCCAAACUGCAGGACGAAACGCCUCGACAGAGCAAAAGCAGCAAAGGCCACUCAAACUUCGAAGACUUCGACUUUUUGGCAAAGUACUGCAUUUUCAGUCAGGAGAAGCUGGCCGAGUACAAAAGGGCUUUUGAAGCAGAGGACAGUGACGGUGAUGGCUACAUCUCCUGUCUGCAGGUCCUCCUCGCUCUUAAAAACAUCAUCCCUCCUGAGCUGCUGUCCGAAGAGGAAGAGAUCUACGUCUACAGGAUCCUGGAGAUGGUGGACUUCAGAGUGACAGAUGGGCUUGUGGACCUGAGGCUGUUUGCUGUAAUUGCAAGCCUGGCACAGAAAAUUGCAUCCAUGGACGAGUUUAUGCGAUCGCUCAUCAGCAGCAUGGACUUCCGAUCCUUGGAAGUGAGACUCUUCAAAGCUAAGCAACUUUUCCUGUUCCUCCUGGAGGACCAGCAGGGCGAUGCGGGCGCUCAGAAGGGCUUCAUCAGCGCAGAGCAGCUGCUGCUGGAGCUGAAGGCCGGGGGCAUCCACCUGGAUCAGGAGGUGGCCGUCAGACUGGAGCUGCAGCACAUUCCUCCUCUGGACCUGCUGGACUUCUUGGCCUACCUGCCUCUCUUCAUGCUCAUUCACAAGUCGGUGAUUUCCAACCCUUUUGAUGACUCCAGCAACCUUUGACCUCAGCACUGUGUGGCUGACAUCUCAGCUGAGCCACGUCUGCUUGUAUGAAAAGACGACAUGACAAACAGAAAAGUGAUUUUAAAAAGGACAUUUGUGGUGGAGAUUUAAAGUAUUUCUUUUAAAUGAUGCUUACUUUGUUGCAUUUCUCUUCUAGCUUUAACUUUUAAAUUUGCCAGUAACAACCAGCAAGAGUGAGUUUAGAGUGGAAGAAACCAUUAUACCUUGCUAUCUCCGCUGCACCUGAAACUUAUUUCUUUUAUUUUAAAUUGCUUUAAAUUAGACAUUCAGCAUUAGUUUGGGUUUCAUAAAAUGUAUAAAUAUAAAUAAGCACUAAUAUUUAUGCAAUUAGAUAUUAAGAUCUUAAGAGACAAACUCGCUAAAAGAAUGCUCUCACAUACUAAUGAAUACAGAAUGUUUAGUAAUUUAACAGACCAUCAGAGACAAGUGUUUGUUGUUGGACGUUAAAAAAUAACAGAAGCCUUUCUGAUAAAAGCCGCCAGCACAGAAGUUACACUGGAUGUUUAUGACACACUAAUAAAAGAUAAGUCGAUCAUUAGACUGACGAUCCCUUAGGGACUUCUGUGGGGUAAUGUUCAAACAAUCUCUCUCCUCGACUGCUGUGUAAACACAUAUUUCCAUAUGAAUACUUUGAAUAUAAACAAGGGUCAAGAUUUUGGGAAGCCAAAAUGUUUUUGACCUUUUAUAGUUCAAUACAGUCCUGAAACCAUCAGUUAUCUUCUGUCAAGGAUUCAGAUUUUUAUUGUCUCCUUUAUUUUUUCUGCAUUAAUAAUGUAAACACUCUGCAGCAUGUGUGUGUACAUUUUACACUUUGUUUGCACUGCGCUCCCUUUAGCAGUCAUUUCAAUUGCCUGAAAAUAGAAUUGAAUGUACCCUGCACUUCCCACUCCAUCUCUCAUCUGUACGAGUGGCUGAAUUUUAUUGGUAUCGCACAGUCUCAGGUGGUCACAUUGCUGCCGGUCUCUUCCUGUGCGUAUGUCCUUUACGUCACACAUGUGCUGAGUAUGUUCUGUUUCCAGCCUCUGUCGUUUCUCUGAGGCAUGUGGAUCACGUCACAGAGCAGCAAAGUGCUGUCUGUGGUCCUGAAAUCUUCUGUGGCUGCUGUAGUUUCAGAGUCUGAUGCUCUGAUUCAUGUAACAAGUGCUCAUUGUUGUGGAGUUUAUUAAAAAAAAGACACAAAAACAUUUGAAAAAAAUGCAGCAGCGCAGCAGAGCUAUUGGCUACCGUCCAGUUCAGUCCAACUUAAUCAACACUGAUGAAUGAUAUUCGCUAAGAUACUCAACUGAUGUGGUUUGAGCCUUUGUUUUGCCUCAGCUUUGCCAAUUAGAUAUGGCCGCGCUCUCCUGCCGCUUGUGCACGCUUGACAGACUGCCGCCGAGGGAAACAUAAUGAGCUGUGACAGGCAGCAAACCUUUGUAAGCUCUAUGUCACCAGAGAAAACAGUCAAAACUGCUUUUAUUGUAACUCUUUAGAUGCAUGUUUUGAACUCCAUCUAAUUUGAAAAUGUGGCUGCAGGUGAGCUUUAGGGUCUUCUUACCAGAGACUACAGGAGGAAAUUAGCCUUGUAUUAUGUACUGUCCAUUGUUCCUGCUAAAUAAAUACAGCUAAAUAUUAAAAAAAGUAAAAAAGUAACUUUCAGCAUCCUCCCCUUCCUUCCAAUAAACACUUUCCUGCAGACUUUCUGGGCUCAGUCACUUGUUUUGUCUUACUUAAAACAACUUGAUUUUCAUUUUGUAAAUUUUGGUCCUCCUCAGAUUCCAGAAGGUUGUUAACAUAGAGUAAAGUUCAUCAUGUGACUGGGUCGUUAGUCAGUGAGCUCAGAUCCAUAUAGAUUGGUUUUAAAACACUCAAGUCCAUAAGCCUAAAUGCAUCUUUUAUAUAGAGUCUAUAAGGUUAAAUGCAUCUUUUUACAGUCUAUAAUAAUAAAUAUGUAUUUUGUGUACACUCUCUGGGCUUGCCUUACUUGCCCUAAGUUGUCGUUUUAUAUUUUUAAAACGAUCAAAAACAUUGAUUUUAUCUUUAGAGAAACAAAGUUCCUCACUCCAUAUAGGUUCCUUGAGUGAUAAAGUACCACUGUGUGGCUUUUCCCCCACUGCUGAGGUCUAUGACAAAGUCUGGGGACCUCUCACUGUUGGUUGUGUGUUGAAGGUCUUUUUUAUUUUAUUUUAUUUUUUUUAAUUUUAAUCCAGUCAUCAUAAUUGUUUACUUGUUAAACUGUGAUGGUUCUUGGCUGGAGGCUGCCGUCUCUCUUACUUUACUUUUUUAGUGAAUUAAAGUUAAAUUUGAAAACCUUAAAAAAAAAAAAAAUCACAUUUUUAAUGAAGUUCACGAUGCCUUUCAAAAUAAAAGGUCUUGAAGUAAAUUAAAAGAGGCGAGGAAAGUAGAGAUGUAUUUGCACAUACAAGAGUGGGAUCAAACCUUUCUCAUGUGUCAUUCUGAUAGAAAAGUUUUAUUCGGGUUUAAAGAUAUUCCAAGCUGGCAGAAAAUUUUACUCACAUCAGAAAAUAUAUACAGAAUUUAGAGGUAUCAUCUGUUUGAUCUGAAGUGUUGCAGGUCCUCGCCCGGUAGUGUUUGAGGUGGGGAAACCUGUUUGUUUCUGUGCUUCUAAUAAAUAGAUUAAGUGAAUAGAUAUUAUAAUUGUUUAUUAAUUAUUGUCCAAACAAUGAAGUGUCUGCAGGUCAAUGCUAAACUCAGACAGUAAUUUAUGUUUUUGAAUGAGCCAGGAGGACCCUCUGCCUCUCUCUCAGGCCCCCUGGUGGUCCACGAACUCUCGUUUGUGCGCUCAUAUUUACAAUAAA